GACACGCAGGCCUCCGCGAAUACAACUAGCUUCGUGCCCGUCCGGUCCCUGCGCCCCCCUCAAACCACACUCCCCACCUUCUUGCGCCACAAGCCGGAGCCGACGAUCCGCCGUCGACGUGACCUCCUCCGCCCGCCGGGAUCGGAGACGACUAUAUAGACGGUCUAGAGGUUGAAGCAACUUAACAAUGAGUAGCAUAGGAACUGGGUAUGAUCUGUCCGUCACCACUUUCUCCCCGGACGGACGUGUCUUCCAGGUCGAGUAUGCUGGCAAGGCCGUCGACAAUAGCGGGACGAUCGUUGGGAUCAAAUGCAAAGAUGGAAUUGUCCUUGGUGUGGAGAAGCUGAUAACCUCAAAGAUGAUACUUGCCGGGUCGAACCGGAGACUUCAUUCUGUGCACCGGAACUCUGGCUUGGCUGUGGCUGGAUUAGCAGCAGACGGUAGGCAGAUAGUCUCAAGAGCAAAGUCAGAAGCAGCCAAUUAUGAAAAGGUAUACGGAGAACCCAUGCCUGUAAAGGAAUUAGCUGAUCGCGUUGCUAGCUAUGUUCAUCUGUGUACACUCUACUGGUGGCUCAGGCCUUUUGGCUGUGGAGUUAUUCUUGGAGGCUAUGAUAGGGAUGGGCCACAGCUCUACAUGAUCGAACCUUCAGGCCUCUCCUAUAAAUAUUUUGGUGCUGCUCUGGGUAAAGGAAGACAAGCUGCAAAGACGGAGAUUGAGAAAUUGAAGCUUUCUGAGCUAACCUGCAGGGAAGGCAUCGUUGAGGUUGCCAAGAUAAUUUAUGGUGUACACGACGAAGCGAAAGACAAAUCUUUUGAGCUGGAACUGAGCUGGGUAUGCGAGGAAUCUAACCGUCAGCACGAGAAGGUUCCGAGUGAUCUUCUGGAGCAGGCCAAGGCAGCAGCGCAGGCAGCGUUGGAAGAGAUGGAUGCUGACUAAGAAGAGACCCUGGUCCCGUUUGCUUUCACGCGUGGUGUAAUAGAGAUACAGGGCCAGUUGACGAAUUUCAUUUCAGUUCCAAAAACUAGCUCAGGUUGUUGCUUUCGAUUCCAUCCCGGUCGAGGUAGCAAGCAGUCUGUCGUGUUGUUUGGGUGGGGUUCUAGCGAAUUGAAUCGUAUUAAGCUUGCUGUGUUGGUCGCACUUAAUCUUCUAUUGAAUCCUGAAUGACCUGAGAAUCUGUCUUGAUUUA